AUGAUCCAGUUGAUUUGUUGUCUGGUCCUUUUUUCUGUGGCCUUUGGCUACGGUGGCUACGAAAGAAACAGUCAGUAUGGAAACGAACUGUAUGACAAUGUUCUUGGAAAGGAUCUGUAUGGGGGAUUGAACGGAAAAGGUCUGAUUGAAAUAAGAACAAAUGUAAAGAAUGGUCUCUAUGGUGGACACUAUGGAAGCGAAGUAUAUGGCGAUAUUCUUGGAAAAGAUCUGUAUGGAAGAUUGAACGGAAAAGGUCUGAUUGAAAGAAGACUAGAUGGAAAGAAUGGUCUUUAUGGUGGAUCCUAUGGAAGCGAAGUGUAUGGAGAUAUUCUUGGAAAGGAUCUGUAUGGGGGAUUGAACGGAAAAGGUCUUAUGGAAAUAAGAACAAAUGGAAAGAAUGGUCUCUAUGGUGGACGCUAUGGAAGCGAAGUAUAUGGCGAUAUUCUUGGAAAGGAUCUGUAUGGGGGAAUGAACGGAAAAGGUCUGAUUGAAAGAAGACUAGAUGGAAAGAAUGGUCUUUAUGGUGGAUCCUAUGGAAGCGAGGUAUAUGGCGAUAUUCUUGGAAAGGAUCUGUAUGGGGGAUUAAACGGAAAAGGUCUGAUUGAAAUAAGAACCAAUGGAAAGAAUGGUCUCUAUGGUGGAUACUAUGGAAGCGAAGUGUAUGGAGAUAUUCAUGGAAAGGAUCUGUAUGGGGGAUUGCACGGAAAAGGUCUGAUUGAAAUAAGAACAAAUGGAAAGAAUGGUCUCUAUGGUGGACGCCAUGGAAGCGAAGUAUAUGGCGAUAUUCUUGGAAAAGAUCUGUAUGGGAGAUUGAACGGAAAAGGUCUGAUUGAAAGAAGACUAGAUGGAAAGAAUGGUCUCUAUGGUGGAUCCUAUGGAAGCGAAGUAUAUGGGGAUAUUCUUGGAAAGGAUCUGUAUGGGGGAUUGAACGGAAAAGGUCUGAUUGAAAUAAGAACAAAUGGAAAGAAUGGUCUCUAUGGUGGACACUAUGGAAGCGAAGUGUAUGGUAAUGUUCUUGGAAAGGAUGUGUAUGGGGGAUUGCACGGACGUGUGAAUGAAAAAAAAGUGCAGAGAAACAGAGUGUACGGCAGACUACAAGGAAGAGGCAUUGUCCCUAGCAAGAUACGCAAGGUAAAUGGAGCUAAGUAUAAAACAUAA